UAUGCCCGAGGACAGGGGGGAAGCGCUCUUCUGCUAGCUUCUUACUGCAAGACAUAAAGUGAAAGCCCCAUCAAGAGCCGUUCAAUAGUCCGUAUGCUUUCAAUCAUCAAUCGGUACACCACUUAAAAGUAAAAGUUUUUACAUCCGAUCAAGCAGCUGAAGGAAGCACAGCUUAACAGCCAGCACAAACUUGAAUGAAGCCAGUCGGCGUAGCGCCUUAUGCCUCUACGGAUCUCGAUUAGCCUCUUCUAUGGAAGAAGGUUUUUCCUUCAUUCCCCUUCUCUUCCUUUCCCAGGUUACUGGAUUGGAAUUUAGAAUAGCGGUUCCAGAGGAGCGUAGCCGAUUAAGGAAAGCAGUCUACUCAUGUAGUUAAGAAGUAACUCUUCAAGCAUGGUAAGCAGGCACGUAUGGAAUGAAGGUAGGUCAAUCACUCUUACUUUAACCCCCGUGCCCAGCAUUGAUCCCGGAGCCGGAAAGAAGGAUUGUUUUUCUGUCUAGUUUAGACGGUCUUGUCUAUGAUGGAGUAUAGAAAUGUGAGAUUUGUUAUCUCAAGUUCAGAUAGCAUCAGUAACCACUUCGCCAUUCUCUUAAAUAGGGCAGGCUUCUCUGAUUGCAACAAUCGCUCUAUUCCCUUUGCCUAUUAGGCGAAAAGAGUAGCUGAAGCUUUAAGAAAGAAAGUGUGCUUACUUCGGGGAUGAAGAAUCAGUUGAACUCACUCGACUAAGAAUCCUAGAAAGUGGUGCCCUUGGUUCAGUCUUUAGAGAAAGUGCUGUUGAUUCGGUCCUUUCUUUCAGCAGUUGGCGCGUAAUAUCCAUCCCCAUCUGUUAUUGUAACUGACUCUCUUCAAUAGAUGAGCCUUGGUCGUCCUAUCCGCAAGAAUGGCAAGCGCAGACCGGGAACCUAGGCCAAUUGAAAGUCACAGCCGUUUGAUAGCCCUUUUCGUAAGAUCCCUUAUCAAUUGUCCUAAUAGAGUGAUUUACCUGAUUAAAUGAAGGCGCAGGAUUUCCCACCCGUUGUAAAAUAAGGGAAGUUUCCGUCCACACCUAGCUAGCAUCGAAGAGCAUUCAUUCCGUAUCCUCCAUUAUCCUACUUUCUUUCCUUUCCGUUUUCGAAACUAAAGAAAGAAGAAAAAAGCUAGCGCUAAGCAAAGGGCGAGGAUAAGCGCACAGAGAGAGCUUUCAAGUAAAGAUGUCAGAUCGAAAGCCUCCGGAAUUGGAUAAGAGGUGAGGUUCACCUUUCACCCUAGUGGGAAAAGAAGAAGGAGUUUAUUCCCUUUGAAGAAUAAAUGCUUUUAAGCCCCCCUUUGUAAGUGAAGGAAAAAGAGGCUGUCUCAGAUCAUGGGAGAGUCAUCCGUCUAAGGAGAAGAGGCGCCGAGAUAUUAAACAAAGGUCUUGUCACGAGCUGGGGCAACGCUUUUAUCCGCAUAGGAUCUGGGCUCGAACCAGCGCUUUCCAGAUUAAGAAUCCGGAUUUCCAACCUUUCAAUAGUCUUAGUGCGCUUUCGAUGUAGAAAAUAGCGUAUGUAAAGGUAAAGAAAGUAGGUAGUAUGUAGGUUUGUAUGAUAUGGGCUUCAUUCCUUCAGUUGGAGUUCAUGCCUUACCGAUGUAUAUAAAAAUUAUCGUAGUGUAGUUCUCGUAUUAUAGUAGUAGGCAACAAAGUAGCUUUAACGUGAACAGCGCUUUGUCCUUUAUUUAUUUUAUUUCUAAAGAGGCGGCAACUGCGCUGAAUGAUAAUAAAGCCAAAAGUCCCAUGCAUCCUUUCUUUCUUUGGUCAACAACCAAGCACAACUCAAUAGAAUGAAUUCUUCAAGACUCCUACAUGAACUUUCUGUCUGGAGGGAAUCAAUUUUUCUCAAUCAAUCACUACACUAUGUUUCAACAAUUUCUCAAUGCUAUGUCAAGGGCCUUCCACUGGAUUCGAAAUUGCGGAAAACCUGAGCCUGAGGUCUUGUCUUAAAAGAGAAAGUCUCUCAAGAGUUGAGAGCAUCGGACUUGACUUGGAAGAAAAUAUUGUAUCUUCUUUCUGUUUUAGGGGGGGCCACUAUUCCUUUAGUCGUUCAAGAUCAAGUUCUCGCCCAUUGCGAUGGGAUCGCUGGGAUGGAAGGGCCACCAACUCCGCCAGGUAUAGAACCGAAGCACCUCUUGAAGCGCCCCAACCCGCCCCAGCGGCGCCCCUACCUCAACCGGUUAUUCUAUUAUCCCGGAAUAAGAACCUCCCCUAAUCUCGGACGCAUUUCUAAUAGAUAUUCUUUAUUGCCGCUACGGGCUCCAGAAUCUUGGGGGGGCUGACGGGUUGAACCGUCAGGUGUCCAUCCAUAGUCAAUUAAAAAUUACAAGUAGAACGGCGUGUGGAAGCUGCGUUGGUAGCGGACGGUUUUUACCCCCUUUCUAUUCUUGAUAGGUACCGUGACAUUCGUUACUAUCUCCAUUCCCUGCGGGGGGGGGGCUGAUGACGCCACGGACCUAUCAGUCCUAUGUCAUGCAAAUAAUGGAGCAUGGCACCCGGCAAAGCCUUCCCUAUCUGCGGGUCAUCCAAGCCAUCCAUCAUUCGCAUAUUCUGUUAGACCGAGUGGAUGGUCAAUAGUUUUAACCGCAGGGAAUCAAUGGGCCAGCUCCGAGAAUAAAUAAAAUAAGUGGCUCUUUUUGUUUCUAUACGCAAUUCACGUUAACAUGCGUCUGUAGCCGUUGCAAACAGAGGUAGGAGGAGGACCAAAACCAGACAGAAAAUGGAAAAGAAGAGCGACCCCUAUUCAAACCGAAAGAAGUACCUCACCUUACGAAGAAGUAGUUGGAGCUGGGCUCCGAACUAUGAGAGUUUGCUUUUGUAUUAUGUUUCUAAGAGAGGUAUGAUCAAAUAAGGGAUCAGACCGCUCCCGGUGUUCGAACAAGUCAUUAAUGGUCGGCUUCAUUGGUAUCCUUUCGAUAUGCGUUGCGAACACUUUCAUUUUUAGCGUCUCAUCUUCUCUAGAGAAGCGAAACUCGAACGGAUAGAGCGGAUGGUCCAACUACAUAACUUUUUCUUUUUCAUUACUUCUAUGGUCGUGCCUCGUGGCACGGCAGCACCCUUACUAUUGAAAUGGUUCGUCAGUAGAGAUGUUCCCACAGGUGCCCCUUUUUCCAAUGGUACUCUAAUUCCAAUUCUUAUCCCUUCAUUCCCUCUUUUGGUCUAUCUACAUUCCAGGAAAUUCAGACGCUCCAUGGACGGAGCAAAAAGUGGAGUCUUGGUCAGAGCAGGCCGCCUUAUUUUACUACCAGACAUAAUUGGGAGAAGCUCAUCCGAAACUAGAGCUGGAAACGCCUCAUUUCGUUUCGUUCCCGUUCUUCAUUUCCUUCUUCUCGAAUCCAAGGGGGACUUCUCAUAUUUAGAAUCUUUCUGCGGUGUGCUCUGUUUACUAUUCUUUCGUACUCUCUUCUCUUUACCACGCGAUAGGUCAGCAAAGCGUGAGCGGGCGCAGAGAAGGAAACGCCAAAGACUUCGGCCUAACCCUAACGGGAAUGAGCAAGAACGAAAUGACAAGAUGAGGUGCUCCGGGCACCCCCAUUUAGAAAGAAGGGUCGAAGGUUUUGGGCCUGUAGCUUUCCCCGUCCCCCCUUCGUCGGGGGGUGCUUGUGUGGGGGGUGUGCCACCUGAACCUGAAAUCGGGCUUGAAGCUCUCGCCUUACCAACGAGCCGACAGCUGAUGGCUGUUGGUCACGACUACCACCAAAAAGCUCCAAUUCAGAUGAAUAUUGCACAUUUUGGAGUGUGCAUCUGUAUGUUGGGUGUUCUUCUGUCGUGCGACCCGGCGGCUUAUGUGCGACCUGUGGCCCACGCCUCCUAUUUGUUCAGGGCGGGCGGCGUGAACUCUGACUCGAUCCGGGUAUUCAAUCCCGCCGCUGAGAUGCUCAGUUGACUCCUUAACCUUGAUAGGAAGAUGGCUUAUUCAAUAAUUCGUGCAUAAGGGUAAGGAACUUUGGAUGAACUAAUGCGAAUGGGUGUAAGCCUCGCUGCUCGGAAACACCCAGUGCUGACCACACUGAGAGACACGAAAGCGCAGGUAACGCCAGUUGGCGAAGUGGCGUUAAGCAUCCCUAGCGGUACGAAAAGAGAGGUCGUGAUGAUAUCAUCUACGUCCGUACCGCUCCUCGUGGAGUAGAUCCCGCAUCCAACCAAGUCUUUGACCAGGGAACGGGAUAAUUCCCACUACCGCUGGAAGGCCAGCCGGGCCGUGAGCGCGGUGGGAACGGGCUUCCCAAAAAGCCAGCCCCGGGCCGGGGUCGGCAUAGAAUGAAGGGGACGGCCCUAAUGUUGUGUUGGCAAAGCCAACUUCUUGGGUUGCGGGCGGAGAAGAGCGGACGUGGGGACUCAGACCGGGGCGCAGCGUAACUAAGAGAGCCAUUCCAUUUAGGGCGAGACAGAAUGGGCGGGCACGAAUUGAUUUUGGGAAAGCUGGUGUCCGAGCCAAUUUGUAAGACGACUACAACUUCACUUAUUAGAUUAGUAUUCGCCGCCUAUCCCGAAAAAAAUGGGAUGAAAUAGAAAGAACGCGAAGCGCUAGCGCUAUAGUAUAUCAAGGUUUUUUUUGGGGGGGGAUUUGCUUCUUCACAAGCUUAUCCCCGCCCCGACCGGCAGCUGCUGGGUCCCCCCAUCUCUAAAUAACUAAACUUCCCCCGGUCUUCGGCCCGAGCUGUAUGAGGCAGAAACUCG